CUACCUACCGCCAUUCUUUAUUCUUUCUUAUUGACACGAAAUUGGAGCUCGGGUUUCGGCAUUUCGACUUAUUAUUAGGGUUGAAACUGUUGAAAGGUAGAAUUUACCGACCGGGAUCUAUGUUUCAGGUUUUACUAGGGAAAAUAAUUUAUCGAACCAACUCCAUCAACGAAUGUUAGGAUUAUAACAUUUUCAAUAUCAAUUGUUGAGUUUUCUUGUAUAUUAGAGGUUACGAAUACCCGAAUACGAUGCAUUCAUUUUUAAGUAGAGCAAAUGCAAUAUUAGCUUACACAUUAACUGUUUUGGCCUUUCUUACAUUCGUAUGUUUUAUUUCGACACUCUUUAUCGACUACAGAACUACAUCUAAGAUUGAAACAGUGGUGGUUGUUGUGAAAAAUGUACCUGAUUACAGUGCGUCAAGAGAGAAGAACGACCUAGGCUACCUGACAUUCAACUUGAAGACUGAUCUCACUCAUCUUUUCAACUGGAAUGUGAAGCAGCUGUUCUUGUAUCUGACAGCAGAAUAUACAACUUCCAACAAUGUUCUCAAUCAGGUUGUCUUAUGGGACAAAAUCAUUUUAAGAGGUGAAAAUGCAGUGCUGGAUUUUAAAAAUAUGAACACUAAAUAUUACUUCUGGGAUGAUGGAAACGGUUUAAAAAGUAACCCAAAUGUCACAUUGACUCUGACCUGGAACAUCAUCCCCAACGCCGGACUGCUGCCCAGCAUCUUCGCGCUCGGCCACCACUCGUUCAAGUUCCCCAACGAAUACACCACUUCGAGGCUGUGAGCUCACCAACAGUAACAGCUGUAACAGUAUUCCUGAGGACUUGUGUUAUCUGCACCUGUGUCGGUCAAGUUUUUUUUACACUUAGAAUGGUUGUGUUUAUUGAAGUACUUUCACUUAGUUGGUUUAAUGUGGUCUUUUUUGUCAUGACACUUCAAAAUGUGAAAAGGUUAUAAAAAUGUUUUAAAAUUGUAAAAAAUAAUGUUAAAUACUUACUAAGCUUUGGAAACAUAGCAAUCAUCUCAUAAUAACAAAAAUGUUUGGAUUUCUUAGUCUAAGCUAAGAAUGAAUUUCUCAUCUGUUAGCGUUUUGUUGGGUCAUGUGAAAGAUCUUCCCAUGUUUAAAUUAUUGUAUAUUUGUUAGGGUUAAAUAAAGACAUUUUCACUAAA